GCAAUAAAACCAGUUGCGCUCAGUAGUUCGUGCGUGAAGUAAGCCAAUUUCGAUGCGCUAAGGCAGUUGGCGAGGUAAACAAAACAAACGCGAACCGUAUGAUGCUGCGGUAAGGCCCGCUUUGAUCCCAUUUCGAAACGUAAACCUAUCGACCCGAUUCGGACGUGUCCCGACAGGAAUUUCGAGCGACACAUUCAGGCGAAAAAAAAAGAGCAUGUUGGCGGGCGGAAAAGUAUGAGUGCACGUCGAAAAUGGAUCGACGUCGGGGCGCCUUUUCGUCUGUCGUGUUUUGGUGGCUGUUUUGCGUUGUGCUCAAUGCCAACAACGAUGUGGCUGACGGUCAGUCUGGAAUAUGUGACAUGAAAGGAUGCAAAUGUGUCGAGAGAUUCGGAGGCUGGAAGGUGGUCAACUGCUCUUUCACCAUGGACCAGGAUUUGAUAUUCGAGAGCGACAGCAUCCACAAAGAACUGUUGGAGAUUUUCAUCGUUGGCGGCAACUCUCUGGUCUUCCAGGAAAAAUCUUUCAACGCUCUACAGGGAUUGUCCAUCCUGUAUAUCGGAAGUGCCAACAAUAUCAUUGUCAAGACACACGCCUUCUUCAAUUCUAGCUCGGCCAGUCUAAGAUUCGAUGUUGAAAACUGUGAUAAACUCCUUGUCGGAUCAGAAGCAUUCAUAAAUUCCAAUAGCACCGUCAUAACUGACUUCAACAAGGUGGAAUACUGCAUGGUACAGUCAGCAGCGUUCAGCAAAUUAGUUAACGCAACGUUCCAAAAUAUAAGUAAACUAGAUUUAGUAGAAAGAUCAUUCGAAAUUACUAAGAAGGAUGGAAUUGUUCGUCAUGGUCCAGCGACAAAGUUUCAGAUCACUUUCAACAACGUACGUAUUUCCACAAUUCCAUCCAGAACGUUCUUCUCUCCAUUGGCCGAAAUCAGUAUCCUGAAUAGUGAAAUCAACGAAAUUCACUCGGACGCUUUCUCUGCCACCCAGAUAACCAUGAUUUACAUGCAGAAUUCAACGAUCAACACCAUAAAAUCAGAAGCUUGUCCCUCCAUCUCGCUCAUCGAAAAUUUCAAGAUCAGCAAGUGCAACAUUUCCCGUCUGGAAUCCAGAGCUGUUUUAUGUGCCAUCUCGAAACUUAGUAUAUUGAACUCAAGGAUACAGACGAUCGAAACUGGCGCGAUAAAUACCACUUCCGCCAUCAUUAAUCUAGUUGGCAACGAAAUCGUAGAAUUCAAAUCGUCCGCUCUAGGCUUCAACAGUUGGUGGAACAAGAUCCUCGUCGAGCAGAACAUGAUCAAGCACUUGGGUGCGGACUCCAUCUACAUUUACGGGGAAACGACUUCCCAAGAAAAUCCCCAGUUUUCCUUCAUCAAUAACGACAUUUUCAAUCUGGAUGUGAACUCCUUGAGUUUUGUGGCCAAUUUAGACGACAUCUCUGUGGUGUUUGAAGAGAACUAUUUCAACGUGAAAUGUAACUGUUUCUUGGAUACCUGGCUCAGCAAACUUUUAAAGACAAACAAGACCGUCGAUAACGUGAUGAAUUCCAGUUUUUGCACUGUUGACGACUUACUCGCUAGAUGUUACGAAUUGAAGACUGGUUUGAUAAAUAUGAUGAAUUUCACAGAACUGGUAUGUGCUCCGGGUAACACAAUUAAUUGCGAACCCUACAAAGGCGAGGAAAAAAUUGUAAAUAUCACAAAUCCAGUUUUUCUAGACGCCCCACAGGCAGAUCACAGUAGGCUAGUUCUAUUUCUGACAGUUGCAGGACUGGUCAUCAUAGCCAUCGUAGCAACCUUCAUAUUUUUAUUGAUUGUUGGCGGUCGUUGGGUGAAGAGAAAUUGGUAUCUGCGAAAUAUGCACUAUAGUCCCAACGAAACUAGCAACGAUGAAGAAAAUACUAUAGUAACUAUAGAUCAAGAAAGUGAAGAACCCAAAUUAGAACUCCCGGAGGAACUGACUCUGGAAUACCUGGAAUACCUCAAGAAGCGUUUAGACGAUCCCGAAACCCACCAAGAGACUACUGAAAUGAUCGAAAAACUUUACGAAAUGUUUGUGAUAGAAGAUAACUACGAAAACAAUAACAAACAGGAUGAAGAAGCGCAUUUGUACGAAGAACUAGCGAACAUGCAAGCACAACCAGCGGACCGUAAAAGUACCGACAAUAUCCAAAACGGUCCCUUAAGUAUUUUAAGAAUGAUGGAGGAACGAUUCAACCUUCAAUUCAUCGAUACCGAAGAAGACAGAUCGAAAUCCUCCCCUUUUUUGAACGACUAUUCCGAGCCAUCUGAUGCUGCAGUCCAUUUGUACUCAGAACUGAAGCAGAAUCAGAUGCAGAACGAGAAAAACGAGAAGAAAGACUCUUUAAAAUCUAGGGGCUCUGGUAGUAUGGCUGCCAGGCCUCUGCCAAAUAAGCCUGAUGACUUAUAUAACAGAGCCGGGCCUUCUUCAGUUGAUUGAUUGAUCUCACUAGAUACUCUUACCGGCAAAACCUGUGAAAUAUUGAUAUUUGUCAUUCGUGUCAGGGGUCUCUCGAAAUAACAAGAUAUAAUGGAAAAUAGCCAUCACAGUACUUCAUUUCCACGUUAUACUUAAAUGAAAGCAACUUAAGUAACGAAAAUUUCCAAGUACUCUUGAUAACAUUAUUGUAGCAAUUGCAAUUGGCAAAAAAAAGUUGCCACUUCUUUUCUGGUUUACGUCGGAUAUGUGGCUGCACGCUGAUGAUGAUACCAAUCAAUGGAUUUUGCUCACUCCAAAAUUAAGUCUUCUGUAGAUACAACUGAGCUAUACAUCGAUGUUAUGUGGAACAAACCGUUAUAAAAUCAUUUUAGAUAUUCAUACCUCUCACAAACUCUGUACAAACAUGAUAAUAAUUCAGCUUUAUUGAUGUUUUCCGAAAUCUUAAUUUUUUGUGUUGAUGCCACAUUCGUCAACAUUAAAAUUCUAGUCCUUCUUUGUAAGUUCGGCGAAUUUAUUGUCAGAUAACUUUGCAACUAAAACAUCUGAAAUAUUUCCAAUUUAUAGGAAUAAUAACGAUUAUCACAAUUAAGUCCAAGAAAGAGUUACCUCGAACAAAAACGAGAACACACACAUUUUUAUGUGACAUCUUGCCGUGCUGUGAUACUGUACAGAUAUAAUAGAAGACUAAUUAUCUUUUGUAAAAUUUAGAUCUAAGGACACUGUUGUUAUGAAUAUGUAUAUUUUGUAUUAUUAUAGUGUAAUUAUAAUUUCAAAUAUUA